GGAAGUGACGUCAGUGCAGAAAAUGGCGUCCGCAGAUCCCGAGCGCUGCUCAGGAGCUUUCCGUAUCUGAACCGGACCGGACUCGGCGGGUCUGCUUGCUGGGCCAGGACAUGGCAGAGCACCGCUGCCCCCCGCGCUCUCGAACCGGGAUUUGAACCCGCAACUUCAUGUCCAAGGGCGCCGGGGCCGCCUGGUCGAAGCGGGGUUGUGGGGGACUCACGGAGCCGAGGAGCAGGGACGCACAGUCGCAGGAGAUGCGCAGGUAGAACCCAGCCGUCGACCCCCGCCAGCAUUCGUUCCGCCUCCACCAGGUGAAGGAAAGACUGCAGCGACUGGACAGCAGGGGCUCUGUCCUCUGAUUGGCUCACACUCCCCCCUCUGACAUGCCCGUGGCCAAUCAUAGGUGCGUUAUGUCGGCGGCGGACGUGGAGGUGUACCUGUCGCAGGUGCAUGACGGGAGCGUGUCGGCGGGCUUCCGAGCGCUGUACGAGGAGCGCCUGCUGCUGGACGUCACGCUGAUGAUCGAGGAGCAUCACUUCCAGGCUCACAAGGCGCUGCUGGCCACGCAGAGCGACUACUUCCGGGUCAUGUUCACGGCCGACAUGCGGGAGAGGGACCAGGACAAGAUCCACAUGAAGGGCCUGACGGCGGCGGGCUUUGGCCACAUCCUCCGCUUCAUGUACUACGGCUCGCUGGAGCUCAGCAUGCCCACCGUCCAGGAGAUCCUGCAGGCGGCCAUGUACGUGCAGCUGACAGAGGCGGUGGAGUUCUGCUGUUCCUUCCUGCUGGCCAAGAUCUGCCUGGAGAACUGCGCCGAGGUGAUGCGGCUGCUGGAGGACUUCAGCGUGGGCGUGGAGGGCGUGCAGGAGCAGCUGGAUGGCUUCCUGCUGGACAACUUUGUUCCGCUGAUGGGCCGCCCCGACUUCCUGUCCUACCUCAGCCUGGAGAGACUGCAGGCCUACCUGAGCAGCGACGCGCUGAGCCGCUACCCGGAGAUCGAGCUGUACGAAGCCGUGCAGUCGUGGCUGCGGCACGACCGCCGGCGCUGGCGCCACACCGACGCCGUGGUCCAGUCGCUGCGCUUCUGCCUGAUGACGCCCUCCAACAUCUUCGAGAAGGUGAAGACCUCGGAGUUCUACCGCUACUCGCGGCAGCUGCGGGCGGAGGUGGACCAGGCACUGGGCUACUUCCACGACGUCAACCAGCAGCCUCUGGUGGAGAGCCGGGCCAACCGCAUCCGCUCCGUCCGGCCGCAGACCGCCGUCUUCAGAGGCAUGAUCGGACACAGCAUGGUGAACAGCAAGAUCCUGCUGCUGCAGCGGCCCAAGGUGUGGUGGGAGCUGGAGGGGCCGCAGGUGCCGCUCAGACCCGACUGCCUCGCCAUCGUCAACAACUUUGCCUUCCUGCUGGGCGGCGAGGAGCUGGGCCCCGACGGCGAGUUCCACGCCUCCUCCAAGGUCUACCGCUAUGACCCGCGGCAGAACUCCUGGCUGCGCAUGGCCGACAUGUCGGUGCCCAGGUCGGAGUUUGCCGUCGGCGUCAUCGGCAAGUUCAUCUACGCGGUGGCCGGCCGCACGCGGGACGAGACCUUCUACUCCACUGAGCGCUACGACAUCACCGAGGACCGCUGGGAGUUCGUGGACCCGUAUCCCGUCAACAAGUACGGGCACGAGGGCACCGUGCUGAGCGGCAAGCUCUACAUCACCGGCGGCAUCACGUCCUCCUCCACCUCCAAGCAGGUGUGCGUGUUCGACCCCGGGCGGGAGGCCGGCUGCGGGGGGGCGUCGGAUGCUCACAGGACACGCGGCGGCCGUGGCACGCUGCUGCCCGGCACGCACGCCAGCUGCUGGGAGAACAAGUCCAAAAUGAACUACGCGCGCUGCUUCCACAAGAUGAUCUCCCACAACGGGAAGCUGUACGUGUUCGGCGGCGUGUGCGUCAUCCUGCGGGCGUCCUUCGAGUCGCAGGGCUGCCCCUCCACCGAGGUCUACGACCCCGACACGGACGAGUGGACCAUCCUGGCCUCCAUGCCCAUCGGCCGCAGCGGCCACGGCGUGGCGGUGCUGGACCGGCAGAUCAUGGUCCUGGGUGGCCUGUGCUACAACGGCCACUACAGUGACUCCAUCCUGACCUUUGACCCCGAGGAGAACAAGUGGAAGGAGGACGAGUAUCCCAGGAUGCCUUGCAAACUGGAUGGGCUGCAGGUGUGCAGCCUGCACUUCCCCGAGUACGUGCUGGAGCACGUGCGGCGCUGCAGCUGAGGUCGGAACCGACCCGCCUGAAGAACCUGAGGCAGGCCAGGGAGGGCGCUGUGACACUUUUUUCAGAAUUAGCUUUCUAAGAAACGUCCAGAAAAUGUCGGGGGCCCACACUGGAACACGCCGGCGUCCCGGGUCCACGCGUGCAGACCCUCGCCACAAAGAGCUGGCUCUUUGUGUUCCGGUCUCCGGGGUCUCGGUGAUGUCACGACUGGUUGGUCUUCAAAAUGUGGCGUUGGCGCUGUUGAGUAAGUUAAUAAUUAAAAUCUUGAAAAACCAGAAGCGGCUCCACUG